CCCACUUCUGGACCCCAACACGACCCCAGCCAUGAGAGCUUUGGCCGGGAGCAGGUGCAGCUCACACUGCGGCCCCUUCCUGCUAAGGCUGUUCAUCACCACGCUCCUUCUUCGCUUUUCCUCCUGCACCCGGCUGCCCUGAGCCGCCGGUGACCCCGGUGCUGCCACACUCGUGCCGUGGCUCCGCUUGUCCCCAGGGCACUUUGAUGUCCCCUGGGUCUGGUGUCCCCUGCAGCCCCCCCAGGCUCCCUGUCCAUCCCAGUGCCAGCUGGCCCUGCCGCGGGAUUAGGCGGGAGCACGAGAGGAAAGCACCGAGCAUCUCCGGAUCAAACGCCCACGGGGCAGCGGGGAGGGGAUGUAAUUCACCCCCCUCUCCGUGUGAGACCGGCUCGGGGCCGCCCGGAGCUGGGAUGAGCGUGCAGCCGGUGCUCAGAGGCAGUGGGAGGGAGGCGUUCGGGGGAAUCAGUCAGGUGUGGACGAGGUAUGAGGGGAGGCAGGGAUGGAGCCGCACUCGUGACAGCGGUGCCGAGCGCUCACGCGCAUCCCUCCUCCCGCCGAGAUGCAGCAGGGCCGGCCAUCCCUCUGCUGCGUCUCCACCAUCCGCAGCUCGCAGGGACCACCCGAGCCAGCCGCCGCUGCCGCCUCUGCUCACUUCAGCUUCUGCCGCAGCCUCCUGGAGCACACGGUGUCAGCCGAAAACCUCAGCUACCGCCUGCAGCGCAACCCGGGCAGCAGCCUGACCUGGCACGACGGCCGCAGCCAGCGCCCCGACGGCGGCCACACCGUCAAACUCCUGCGGCAGCCGGGCACCGAGGGCUCCCAGGUCCGUGGCUGUGACCACUAUGGCAUCUACCACACCAGCCCCACACUGGGCAGCCUGGUCAAGCCAGUGGUGCUGUGGACGCAGCAGGAUGUGUGCAAAUGGCUGAAGAAGCACUGCCCACACAACUAUCUCAUCUACGUCGAGGCGUUCUCCCACCACGCCAUCACAGGCCGGGCGCUGCUGCGGCUGAACGGGGAGAAGCUGCAGCGCAUGGGGAUCGCGCUGGAGACGCAGCGCCAGGAGGUGCUGCAGCAGGUCCUGCAGCUCCAGGUGCGCGAGGAGGUCCGGAACCUGCAGCUGCUCAGCCAAGAUUGCACCAACACUGUGAACCGAGCUCCGCUGGGAUGGGCUGUGCACCGCCGAUACGAGACCUGAGCCACACGCUUGGAAUAAGAAGACACAGCUUCCCAGACACUCCAGGGCUCCUCUCCUGCUUCUUCCUUCUCUUUCUUUUAAAGAAUACAUUCCUGUGCAGGGGUGGAAGGUUUCUUCCAGCAGACAUGGCUCUUGGCUGGAGGAAAAUCAGCAAACCAGCUGCUGGGACAGAUGAUGAACUUCCAUCCACCUGAGCCUGACAGUUCACAGGGAAAGAGAUGGAAAAAAGGAGAUGGCAAAGGCAGGGCUCAGCACUGUGGAGAAAGGGACAGUGGUUCCAGGGACAGCUUGGAGCCAUGUGCAGGACACUGAAGAAUUAUGCACUUGGGCAACAUCCCAGCACCCAGCAACUCGUGUCCAUGCCUUGGAGCUUAUUUAGGGAGCUUUGGUUUCCUCAUCAGACUGGGCUGUCUUCCAGCAUCCGGGGAGGUGACGUUAUCAGUAGCAAAUAAGACGAUACAACCAGCCAAAAAAUUCACAGCCGGGCCAAGACCCCAGCACCCAGCUCCACUUGGUGAGUUAAAAAGGGAGCUGAGUCAUCAGAGCUGGAAAAUCUGGGAGUAAAAGCAGAGUGGAUGCACCAGGAGGGUGCAAUGGCCUGGAGGAAGCUGUGCCUGGAGCUCAUCCUUCAUCUGCACAUGGGGGAACCCCUGCAGGGACUGGGGGAGCAGGCAGGGUGCUGCCAGGUGGGGAUGGGUGCUGCCCAGGGUGGGGCUGGUGGAUCACUGGGUGCCAGGUCCUCCUUGGCCCCCAUCUCUGGUCCUGCUCUGCUGCUACCAGCUCUGGAGAGCUCUGCCCAUCCAGGCAUUGGCAGGUUCCUGUCCUGACCUCCAGCCCAAGGGCUGGUGAUGGUGCCACCACAGCCAGGCACCUUCCUGGUGACCUUCACCAUCAUUAAGGUGAAAGUGUCUGCUGUUACACCCCCACCUCCCCAACUCUCCCCUACAGAGAUAUAGACUGUCCUUGUGGCCAGAUAAGGAAAAUCCAUGUGUAAAUCAGGAUUUUUGGCCAUGGUGGAUGCUGUCACCUGCCCACAUUCCACCUCAAGUGAUGAGGGUAGGGCUGUGGGUCACAGGGGUCCAAAAACAGCAGCACCCCAAAACCCCUGGGGCAUUGGGAUGUGGAGGCAGGUCACGGUGCCCCCCGCCAGGCACCCUCCUGCCUGCUUCUCUGCUGGAAAUAAAUGAGAGACUGUUAUUUUAA